GGUGCCGGGGCCUGUGCGCAUGCGUGGAAGUGGUAGGGCGGGCAGAGCGCGGUGCCGGUUCCCGAUCCCUGGGCCCGGAUCCUCCCCUAGCCCUGGGGGUCCCUCGGGAUGUUGGAACAGGGAUUCGGGGUUGUUAAUGUGGGGGUAUUGCUGCGAUCUGGGAGAGCCGGACAGUGAGAGCCGCCCCAUCCCUUGGCCUCUGCCCGGACGCGGAGUGGGGUGUUGGGUCUCUCCCUCAGUGCAGAGGCCAUGAAGAUUAACCAGGACACGGUGCUGCGGGGAAAGAAGGUGACGCUGGUGCCCUACACGGCUGCACACGUGCCCCGGUACCACCAGUGGAUGCAGUCGGAGGAACUGCAGCGACUGACGGCCUCAGAGCCCCUCAGCCUGGAGCAGGAGUACGAAAUGCAGCACAGCUGGCGGGAUGACACUGACAAAUGCACCUUCAUCGUGCUGGACUCGGGGCGCUGGCCUGGGCAGGCAGAGGAGAACUCCAUGGUGGGGGAUGUGAACCUCUUCCUCACCAACACUGAGGACCCGACCCUGGGCGAGAUUGAAAUCAUGAUUGCAGAGCCCAGCUGCCGUGGCAGAGGGUUUGGCAAGGAGGCAACUCUGCUGAUGAUGGCCUAUGGAGUGAAAAAACUGGGGAUCACCAAGUUUGAGGCUAAGAUUGGUCAGGAAAAUGAAGCCAGUAUCUGCAUGUUCAAAAAGCUUCACUUUAAGGAGGUUGCUGUGAACAGCAUUUUCCAGGAGGUGACGCUGAGGCUGGAUGUCAGUGAGCAGGAGAGGCGGUGGCUCCUGGAGCAGACAAAGCACGUGGAGGAGAAGAGCUACACUGAGCUGAAGCAGCCAGCUGGGGCGCUGGCCAGCUGACACACACCUCCAGACACCAGCUGGGCUUCCAGGGAGAACUUGGACAUUGUUUUAAAGCCUGGGUGUGGAGGACACCAGUGAGCCGACUCUGGAACUGUUUUCAUCUGUCUCCUUCCGCUGCUUUGUCAUCUUGUCAACUUGGCACUUUGCUCUGCCAGCCAGGAUUACUCCCUGAAAGUUGGACCUGCCACUAACUCCCAGGUUUGGCUAGGAAUGACUCUCAGUUGAUUCCUGGACAAGCAGAAACUUCUGUCACUGCUCUUAAAUCAGAAUUUAUCAGCGAGGAGUUUUCAUAAAAUGCAGCUCAGUCUUUUUUACUCUUGAAUAAAAAAAAAAAAUCACAAAGAUAUGAGGUGCCUGAGCACUAUUUGGGGCUCAGCUGCUCUCUUUGGCAGCUCAAGGAGUGGUUUAGAAGCUGUAAAGGACAGCAGAGACUCUUUAAAGCCAGUUUCCUGGGGUCUGGGAGGUUGCAGGGGGGCACUGCUGGGUCCUGGCAGGGAGAAGCCCAGAUGUGGGUGAGCACAAACAAAGGGCAAGUUAAGAUGAUGGAAAUUGUUGAUAUUGGCUGAUCAAGACUAGAGCUGAGCCCCACCACGAUGAGGGAACUGAGAGUUGCAGGAGGCUUUUGAGACAAACUCCCUUCAGCUUCAGGGCUGUGCUCCAGAUCUGAAAACCUCAGGCCAGCAGUGAUGUUGCACUUUAUUUUCCUUGACUUUCCUUUGAUGAAAGCAAGGAGAACACACUGAAAGGAGAUAGCUCCCUUCUUCCACCAGCUCAGGACUUGCUCUGCUAAGCCUGGAGGCUUCAUUUGCUGCUCUCCACUAAGAUAAAGAUGAAUGUGGGGAAAAUAUCUCUUACUGGGGGGCAGAUACAUUUAGGGCAGGAGUUACCCAGCAUCUGCUGCAGUAGAUCUGAGAUCCAUGGAUGAAAAAGAGGCACUUGGCCUGACUCUCACUAGACAAACUUCCCUGUGCAGUUACUCAGCCUGACCGCUCCUGCCCUACACAGGCUGUCCACAGUAGGGAAGCUGCUAAGAGGAGAGGACAGAAGGUAGGAAGGAUAACUGAUGCUCCUGUGUGUUUUCCUUUGGUAACAGCAGCUGUAAUGGUUAAUCCUAGACCACAAAUGACCUGUUUCAGUGAUGGAGGAUCAGGUAGUAACUUUCAGAUUUUACCAGGGAUGUUUUGCAGAUUGGCAGUCUGCGGAAUUUUUAGUGUUGCUGUGCCUGUAUUUUUAGGGCCUAGGGGCUUCAGCUUUCCAAUUUUAGCUAAUUUAAAUACAUGAUUCCUGUGACUAAUAUUAAAGGCCAAGCGUGGGAACAGUGUAUCAUGGCAUUUUAAACAAGUAUUUAGUGUGGAUUUAGUUGUAGUGAAAGCUUUGUGUGGUAAUAAAGUGAAGAGCAGCUCUACUUCCCGCUGGGAUUACCAUGACGAGGGCUACUAAUCCUCCUGCUCCACA